AUGGAAGUAGUUGAUAUUGGGCUUGAUGAUGAACGUCGUGUUGGAAUUCGUUUGUUUUCCGAGGAUGGAAAGGAGUUGAGCGAGGCUCCGAUCGUUGUUAGCUUGACGACUACAAAUAAACAACUGCAAGCGUUAUGCAAUACUCUAUUGGAUAGCACGGAUGAUCCGGUACCGAUAUCAUUCCGUCUCAAAGAUGGCAUCGAAAUUAGCAAAUCUAUUGCCGAAUCAAUACCUGCCGAGAAGUUGAACGUUGAAAAGAAUAUUGAAGUAGUGUAUUAUCCGGAAGCCGUGUUCCGUGUCAAGCCCGUAACCAGAUGUACGUCCUCUCUGCCAGGCCAUGCUGAACCGGUUGUAAGCGUCCAGUUCAGUCCACAUGGAAGAGGCUUAGCGAGUGGUUCGGGUGAUUGCACAGUACGGCUGUGGGAUGUUGAUACAGAGUUACCGUUGAAAACAUGUGAAGCGCAUAGCAACUGGGUAUUGUGCAUCAGUUGGUCACCGAAUGCGAGAAUGCUGGCGUCUGCGUGCAAGAAUGGGAACAUUUGCUUGUGGGAUGCAGCCACCGGAGCGCAGAUCGGUAAGAAGUUGAGUGGUCAUAAGCAGUGGAUAACGCAACUUGCAUGGCAACCGUUUCAUCGUGAUCCAGUGUCUAGGUUCCUGGCUAGUGCUGGCAAAGAUGCCAGCAUAAAGAUAUGGGAUACAGUCAAUCACGCAGUUACUAGAACGUUGACUGGGCAUACCGCAUCAGUGACUUGUCUCCGAUGGGGUGGUCAGGGUCUUAUCUAUUCGGGAUCGCAGGAUCGUACCAUAAAGGUGUGGCGCGCAGAAGAUGGUGUUCUGUGUCGAACGCUAACAGGUCAUGCGCACUGGGUGAAUACGCUGACGUUAAACGUCGAGUAUGUGCUCAGGACGAGUUGUUUUGACCCGAAAAAUGCAUGUCAAGCACCGGACAGUGUGGACGAGUGUAAGCGAAUAGCUGAGCGACGUUACGAGGAAGCGAAAGGUGUACAAGGCGAGAUGCUGGCGUCGGGAUCUGAUGAUUUCACGUUGUACUUAUGGAAACCGGACAGUGACAAGAAAGCGAUCGCUCGUAUGACGGGACAUCAGCAACUCGUUAAUCAGGUGAUGUUUUCACCGGAUGCACGUUACAUAGCAUCGGCUUCAUUCGAUAAAUCGAUCAAGUUGUGGUGUGGUCGGACUGGAGCUUACAUUGACACUUUGCGCGGUCAUGUUCAGGCCGUCUACCAGAUCGCGUGGUCUGCUGAUAGCAGACUACUCGUCUCUGGUUCUGCAGAUUCUACUUUGAAGGUGUGGGAUAUGCAGAAACGUGGAAUCUGUGAGGAUUUGCCCGGGCAUGGUGAUGAAGUUUUUGCGGUGGAUUGGAGUCCGGACGGGGAGCGGGUGGCGAGCGGAGGGAAGGAUAAAGUGCUGAAGUUGUGGCGACGAUAA